AUGGUCAACGACAAGGGACGCUCUGCGGCGAAGAAGGAGAGAAACCGUGCGGAGAGAGCCGACAACAGCAGGAGUAAGAGCGCCCAGGCGCAAUCCCGCACGCCCAGUUCYCAAGGCGAUCAGCAUGGCGUCUCGCAUGCUACCAAUCCUGUGCGCAAGAUUGCCCCGUUUUCUCCUCGCAUGACUGCAACACGCCCUGCCUCGCGCACAUCAGUCAACGCCGCCGGCUUGGCGCAGAGACCGCCUGGCACGGCUCUAGCAUCACGCUCGAACUAUCAGGGCUCCGCUAUCGCGAGCAGCACUCGAGCAGUGCCGUCAAGCGACGGCUCGGAGUCGAGCAGCGGCGCAAAUGUCUCCAAGAAGCGUAAUGCUGCUGCGCCAGUCACGCAGCAGGGAGAGCCGACAGAGCCUCCCAAGAAGCGCAACAAGACCGAGCAAGGCUCACCCACUGCGCCUAACAGGGCCGCACAGAGUGUCAAUCACACUCGAGUGAACGCCACUCAAGCCUUCCCGCCGCCGCCUACCGUCACCACGUCUAGGUUCGAGGCAUUCGCUGCCUCGCUUGGCAGUGGCCUCUCUCGAGCAGGCACCUCCGUCAGUACCAAUGCUUUGCCACUGGUUCGAAUGACUGGAGCUAUGGUGCUCGAGCUUCUUCGCCGGUCAAUGCGCGCGUUCUGUGCAUUUUUGGCGCACGAUGCGGAUUACGUCGCACCCCCUGAAGCUGUGGAUGCCGCAAUCGCCAACCAUGACGGCGGCAUUGAUACUACGAUGGCUGACCCUGUCCAAAAUGUCGCACCUACAUUCGUCAAUGCGCCUGUCGCCACAGCUCCUGUAUCGUGGGGCAUCGACAUGCCAGCUCGCGAGGCAUGGCCGCGAAUUCCGACUGCCUCGCCUGAACCAUCUUCCCAGGGCACUGAUCGUGGUGCUGGGCCAGAAAAUCCCGUACUUGUCAGAUUGCGUCAACCUCCGAAUGUGCAAGAAGACCGCUGGCAUAGCGUUGAAUUGCCAAACUUGGCUCCUCCCAAGUCCCACGCGCAUGUCGACUCGCCGGAACUAUCCAUCUUUUCUACUCUACACGGUAUCCCCAGCCCAACUUUCCCCCCUCAAAGCCGACAAGACAGGUCGCCGAUUGCGUUCCAGACCACUUCACAGAAUAGCAAGCGGUACAACGCGCCACAAACAGUCUUCAAGGGAUGCAGAAGCGACAUGAGUUUGGAUGGUGAAGAAUAUAACGCCUGUCACAGCCCGAUGGAACUAUCUGAGCCUGGGUACAGUUUCUCCUUCUCUCGUAGUGCGCCGGUGGGUCGCUCGGUGCAGCAUCGCAAACAUGAGAAGCUCUCACCGAGCCAGGAGGAUACCCCAGACCGUGCAUCAGGCGCCGCGUCACACCAGAACAAAGUCGAGCUGCAAUUGCCGACUUUGCCCGAUGCAAUGGAUUUUGAACUCACUCAGCCACCACCUCGGGUUCUGCGACAGACCCUGCUUCAGCAGCCGGCUCAGGCUCAACCGCAAGCUCAACAGCAAGUUCAACCUCAGCAGCCARUUCAGACUCUGCUACAAGCUCAAGCUCAACAGCCAGCUCAGACCGGUCAAGCCGACAACCAUGUUGACCCGUCAAUUGCCCAAGGAAAUCUCACCGACGACGUUCAGCCGUAUCCGAGCGAUAAUAUCAUGGAUGUGGACGAGAUGGAUGUUGGAGGUGAGGAGACUGUGGUCAAGGACGCGGGCGGGGAGGAGACGAGUGGCAACGGGCAGCCCGAGGACAUGGGCGAGAAUCAGAACCAUAACGGCCAAGGUCGGAUUGGAGAUAAGGUGGACGAGCAACAGGGUAAGGGUGAAGCACAAGAGCAGCAAGGCGAAGAUAAAGGCGAGGAUGGAAGUGAGGAUGGAAGCUGGGAUACAGACCAGGACGCAGGUGAUGGUGAAGAGGACGCGCAAGGUGACGAUGAGGGCCAGAGAGAUGGCGAAGAGGGCGAGGAAGGUGACAACCAGGACCAGAGCGAGGAAGAAGAGGGCGAGGAUGGUGAGAGUGACGAGCAGAGCGAGAAUGAAGAAGACAAGGAUGGUGAGAGUGACGAACAGAGCGAGGAUGAAGAAAACGAGGAGCAGGACGACAAUCAGACCGAGACUGUCACCAAAAAUAACGAGGGCGAGGGUGAGGCUGGUGACGACGAGAAUGGAGAUGACGAUGCAGAGGCGUGGCACGAUGAAGAUGAAGACCAGGAAGAAGAUACCGCGGCCGAUCCGACAAUGCUACAGCGGAUCCUCGACAAGGCGCGCUCCACAUCCAGCACUGCGCCUUCUUUCGGAGGAUAUGGUGCCGGCACCUCUGCUACCAACAGCGAGGUCAGCGUGGGAAGUGCGACCUGGAGUGCCGCGGGUGAGGACAUGUCUCGUUUCAGUCUCUGA